CAAGGCGCUCCGAGGAGGGAAGCAGGUGAGCGCGGGCGGCGGCAGAAGACCAGGCAGCGGCAGCCGCAGGAGGAGAAGACUAAGCAGCCGGGCGGCGAGGCGAGGCGGGUCGGGACGGAGGGUCCCCCGAGAGUGAGAGCGGAGCCAUGCUUGCCAACGCUGCCACCAUGCGGAUCCUCAUCAAAGGGGGGAAGGUUGUGAAUGACGAUUGCACCCUGGAGGCCGAUGUCUACAUCGAGAAUGGCAUCAUCCAGCAGGUGGGCCGGGAGCUGAUGAUCCCUGGCGGGGCCAAGGUCAUUGACGCUACAGGCAAGCUGGUGAUCCCAGGGGGCAUUGACACCAGCACCCACUUCCACCAGACCUUCAUGAACGCCACCUGCAUCGACGACUUCUACCAUGGCACCAAGGCUGCCCUGGUUGGGGGAACCACAAUGGUGAUCGGACAUGUGCUUCCAGACAAGGAUAUUUCCUUGCUUGAUGCUUAUGAGAAGUGCCGCAGCCUGGCUGACCCAAAAGUUUGCUGUGACUACGCCCUUCAUAUGGGAAUCACUUGGUGGGCGCCAAAGGUGAAGUCAGAGAUGGAGACCUUGGUGCGGGAAAAGGGGGUCAACUCCUUCCAGAUGUUCAUGACCUACAAGGAUGUGUACAUGCUGCGGGACAGUGAGCUCUACCAGGUCUUCCGUGCUUGCAAGGACAUUGGGGCCAUUGCCCGUGUCCAUGCUGAGAAUGGCGAGCUGGUGGCAGAGGGAGCCAGGGAAGCCUUGGAUCUGGGCAUCACCGGCCCAGAGGGAAUCGAAAUUAGCCGGCCAGAGGAGUUGGAGGCUGAAGCUACGCAUCGCGUCAUUACUAUUGCCAACCGGACCCACUGCCCUGUCUAUCUGGUGAACGUUUCCAGUAUGUCUGCCGGAGAUGUCAUUGCCACGGCCAAGAUGCAAGGGAAAGUUGUUUAUGCAGAGACCACCACGGCACACUCCACACUGACCGGCUUGCACUACUACCACCAGGACUGGUCCCACGCAGCGGCCUACGUGACAGUGCCUCCCUUGCGGCUGGACACCAACACUUCCACCUACCUCAUGAGUUUGCUUGCCAAUGACACAAUAAAUGUUGUCGCCUCUGAUCACCGGCCUUUUACCACCAAGCAGAAAGCCAUGGGCAAGGAGGACUUCACCAAGAUUCCCCACGGUGUUAGCGGAGUGCAGGACCGCAUGGCUGUCAUCUGGGAACGCGGAGUGGUUGGGGGUAAAAUGGACGAGAACCGCUUUGUCGCCAUCACCAGCUCCAAUGCCGCCAAGAUUCACAACCUAUACCCUCGCAAGGGACGCAUCAUCCCCGGAGCCGACGCAGACGUUGUGGUUUGGGACCCUGAGGCCACAAAGACCAUCUCGGCCAGCACCCAGGUCCAGGGAGGGGAUGUGAACCUGUAUGAGAACAUGCGCUGCCACGGGGUGCCACUGGUUACCAUCAGCCAUGGACGCGUGGUCUACGAGAACGGCGUCUUCAUGUGUGCUGAGGGCACUGGCAAGUUCUGCCCACUCCGCUCCUUCCCAGACUCUGUGUAUAAGAAACUGGUGCAGCGGGAAAAGCGUUUAAAGCUUAAGGGCGUGGACCGCACCCCAUACCUGGGGGACGUGGCCGUGGUUGUGCACGCCGGGAAAAAAGAGACGGGGACACCACUUGCAGACACCCCCACCCGGCCUGCCACGAGACACGGGGGCAUGAGGGACCUCCACGAGUCCAGCUUCAGCCUUUCCGGUUCUCAAAUCGAUGACCAUGUUCCAAAGCGAGCUUCGGCCCGGAUUCUCGCUCCCCCCGGAGGCAGGUCUAGCGGCAUUUGGUAGCUGCCCCCCUGACUUGUCCCCCAACUAAGGACACGGUCACCACCACCCCCACUUUGCCCGGCUGCCGCCCACCCACCCACCCUCGCCCACACCUGUGACCUUGAGGUGGCAGCACCUUCUCUCACCAGAGCCGCCCAACAUCCGGCAGGCGCUUGGCCACCCUGCCAAGGCCAUGCAGACCGCCCCCCAGGAAUGAGGCUGAGAGAGUGGGGCCCAAGCCCCCCUCCUCACCCAACAUGGCUGUAACAAAUGCAGGGCGAUGCAACGCGAGGGAGGCUGUGAGGGCCCACCUGACUCUUUCUGGUGGAGGGUGGGGGGCUCCCUCAGCCCAAAAAUGCUGUGGGGGUGAGGGAGUCUGGUGUGGGGAGGGGGCCGGGCUGAGGGGGCCUGUCUGUGCUGGUUCCUUUCUGUUUUGCACGUUGGGUUUUUUGGAUAAGUGACAUUUGACUUGUUUGUGCAUCACGUGGGAAGCAAAAAGAAUUACAGAUAUAUGGUGGUUUGUGUGACUAGCAGUAGGAUAGCAGAGGGGGAGGCCCAGGCUGGGCCAGGGAAGGGGCAGCAAGGUGCGGGUGCAACCCACCCGCCCAGCCGUGGCACUCCCUGGGCCUGCAGCGUGGGUGGCAGGGGGGCUUUCCACUGGGUUUUGCCAGAAGGGCAUCUCCUCCAUCCCCCUCCUCCCCCGUGGGGUUCGCGGUGGGCUUCUUCCAUCCCUUUCUUCCAGGCUUCUCCAUAUUCCCACCUGAAUGACGGCAAAGCUGAGAGGGUGUUCCUUCCCCUGCCUCCCCAAAAAAACAGCCUCUCUCAAGCCGAGUGGUGGAAAGAUGGUUGACUAGUGGCUAGAGCAGGAUGUGGCUGGGAGAGAGAGCUCUCUUCUUCCUCCCUGCCCAGAAUUCUCUCAUGGUAGGGGUCUCCUUUUCUCCCUCCUCUGCCCCUUCCCUUGGAUGGCCAAGCACUGGGCCACCACUACCACUUCCAGCUCCUUCUGAAGCCACAGAGUCCCAAGGGACAAGAUGCGGGUGAGUCUCAGCCACUUCCUUCCGCAGGGUUGUGUGUAAGUAUAUGUGUGUGUCUGUGUAUAUACACACACGGGACAAGAGGGGAAGGCAGGGGUGCCAUGACCCUCCUUGCCAUGAAAGCUGGGCCUUGCAAAGGAGUGACUCAAGAUGGCAAAGGACUGAGGACCAGGUUCUCAGCACCAGAGUGUUCUAUCUUUGUCUAUCCAUGCUGGUUGCUAGUGCAGAGCAGCCUCACUGGCUUGGGAAUAAGGUAGCUCCUGUGACCCACCUCAGAAACUGCCAUGGGUUAAGGUGGCCCUUAGGAUCCCUUUCCUUACCAGUGGCUCUGUGAUUCCUCUGCAAUGGCUAGGUGCUGGGGGCAGGUGCACCAGGAUACUGGACACCUCCUCCCCCCCAAAAAAAACAACAGGCAUCCUGAGAGAUGCCAGCAUGCUCUGACUCUCCCCCCACCC